AUGGGACCAAAAGGAGUCACAGCACAAGCAGAAGACACAGUUCCACCAACUAUGAUUGUCAUGGAAGGAAAAACAGCUUGGGUUCAAAAGUACAUCAAAGUGGAAAAAAUGUACAGGAUUGUCCUGCUGGGAGGCAGUAAAUCUGGGAAAAGCAGCCUAGCAAACAGCGUGUUUGGAGAAGAUGUGUUCAAAGUUGACAACACUGAGUGUCAAACUGAGUCCAAAUCUGUUCAUGGAAGAAGAAUUACCCUGAUCAACACUCCUGAUUUCUCUGGCCCAGGUAGAUCAGAGGAGGAGCUGAAGCCUGAAAUACUGAGGUGUGUCACUGAGUGCACUCCGGGGCCUCAUGCUUUUCUCAUUGUGCUCAAAGUGGAGAAAUCCACGGAGCAGCAGCAGCAGCAGAAGGCUGUUUUUGAGAAAAUAAGCCAGUAUUUCUCAGAGGAAGUUUUCAGAUAUGCUGCAGUUGUCUUUAUUCAGGAUGGCCCAGACUCAGAUAAAAUGAAGAUGAAAGAGUUUAUAGAUCAGAAUAAAUAUGUGAGUGAUCUAAUGAGGAAAUGCAAGAGCCGAUACCACAUCAUUAAUAAAUACAGCCGACAGGGUGACAUCAGCCAGUCUCAGGUUACAGAGCUGCUCAACACAGUAGAUCAGAUAGUUGCAGAAAACAAAGAUCGGUGCUACACCAGCAAGAUGUUGCCACAAGGAGACACCCACAAUAAGUCUAACAACAGUGUCUCUAAGAAUAAGAUGAUCAAAUUGACAGGCUUUCCAUCCAAAAAAGGGAAAACAGCUCAGGCUCAAAAGUACCUCGAAGGUAACAACAUCUUUGAGAAGUAA